AGUGUGCAUCUGUAAGUUGUCGCCAUCAUAUGUGGCUACAUGUUAACCUAGCUCCCAAGUCAGUCAGCCGUUGUGUCCGCGGAUAUAAAGUGAUUGGCAUCAUUAAGCUCUCUUUGUGUCUCCAGUCGAGUUUCUGUGAGCUGAAGUUAUGUUAUUCAUCAGUAAACGUGUUUAGGAUGUUGCUGUUUUGUGGAGUUUACUCACAUUAACGGAGCUGGAGUCUUGAGAAGCAGCAAGGGGCGGUGGGCUGCUAAAACUGUCGCUACCUAACAGCGAACCAGCUAGUUGGUUAGCUGGCCAGCAGGUAAACCUCAGGAGACAUUUAAAGUGAAUAAAACCACGGUUCAUUGUGAGUCGUCAUCGUUAGUUAAAUGGUCGCCGGUGGUUUCCGCCGUUGUCCCGUGUUGUGAAGUUAGUAACGUACCGUAGCCAAGGAGCUAGCAGCGUCACAGAGCUAGCUGCGACUCCGCUGAGAAACCGAGAAGAUUUACAGCCAGCGGAGAUAAAUAACCAGCUGAGAUCGGGCUGCCACGGUGGAAGUCUGUUAAACUGGAGCUGGCAUCGUCACAUUUCCUGUCCUAUCACCAGGCUGUUGGGCCUGACAACUGAGAGGAUGUCUGAGGGAGAGAACAAACAGGCCCCGGACAUCGUCCAGGAGGGGAAGCCUGAGUCGAUGGCACCUGCACCCACGGGUCAAGGAGUGUCAUCGGUGUCUCCUCCUGUGUCCAUGGUGACCCAGCCUCCAGCCACUGCUGCCACAGAGGAUGAGGAAGAGGAGAGCGAGGAUGAGUCAGAGAUUUUGGAGGAAAGCCCGUGUGGACGUUGGCAGAAGCGCAGAGAAGAGGUGAAUCAGCGCAAUGUCCCUGGGAUCGAUAAUGCUUACUUGGCCAUGGACACUGAGGAAGGAGUUGAGGUGGUGUGGAAUGAGGUCAUGUUCUCAGAAAGGAAGAAUUUCAAACUACAAGAGGAAAAAGUCAAAGCAGUGUUCGAUAAUUUGAUCCAGCUGGAGCACUUGAACAUUGUGAAGUUCCACAAAUAUUGGACGGAUGUUAAAGAGAACAGAGUGAGGGUCAUUUUCAUCACUGAAUACAUGUCUUCAGGAAGUCUCAAGCAGUUCUUGAAAAAGACAAAGAAAAAUCACAAGACCAUGAAUGAGAAGGCCUGGAAGCGCUGGUGCACACAGAUUCUGUCUGCUCUGAGUUACCUGCACUCCUGUGAACCUCCCAUCAUCCAUGGCAACCUGACCUGUGACACCAUCUUCAUUCAGCACAAUGGCCUCAUCAAGAUCGGCUCAGUUGCCCCAGAUACCAUUAACAACCAUGUGAAAACCUGUCGGGAAGAGCAGAAAAGCCUUCACUUUUUUGCUCCAGAAUAUGGAGCUGUUGCCAAUGUUACCACAGCCGUGGAUAUCUAUUCCUUUGGAAUGUGCGCCUUAGAGAUGGCUGUGUUGGAAAUCCAGAGUAAUGGAGAUUCGUCUUAUGUGUCCCAAGAAGCCAUAAACAGUGCCAUUCAGUCCCUAGAGGACCCGUUGCAACGGGAAUUUAUCCAAAAGUGUCUGGAGGUAGAUCCCAGUAAGCGACCCACAGCUAAGGAGCUGUUGUUUCACCAGGCCUUGUUUGAGGUGCCCUUACUGAAGCUGCUGGCUGCGCACUGCAUCGUCAGCCACCAGCAUAUGAUUCCAGAAAAUGCUUUAGAGGAAAUGACAAAGAACAUGGAUCCUAACUUGGUGAUUGUUGAGGCCAAGGAUGGAGUUCAGAUGAAACUCUCUCAGUUCCCUGCCCUUGAACUGGACAAGUUUCUGGAAGAUGUAAGGAAUGGGAUCUAUCCCCUGACUGCAUUCGGGAUUCCAUGUCCACAACAGCCUCAGCAGGAGGCGGUGAAGUCACCCAUAGUGCCCCCCUCAGUCAAAACCCCCACCCCUGAACCUGCAGAGCUCGAGACCAGGAAGGUCCUUCAGAUGCAGUGUAAUAUUGAGCCUGUUGAUGAGGGCGCCAAGCAUCAUCUGACCUUGCUGUUGAAACUUGAGGAUAAAUUGAACAGGCACUUGAGCUGUGAUUUGUUACCAAAUGAGAACGUACAGGAGCUGGCUGUGGAGCUUGUUCAGCUGGGAUUUAUCAGUGAGGGUGAUCAGCCACGACUUGCAUCUGUUCUUGAAGAGGCCUUCUCCAAGUUCUACAGCCGGAAUGGUUCUCUCAAUCCGGUGACCGUUUCCUCGUAGCAGAGGACUUGUCAGGCCUUCUUUCAGCCCUCCUCGUCCUCUACAACAGGACUAGCUUUUUGCUUCACCUCUGAGUUGCAGGAAAGCUUUGCGAGGACAGGGGAGGAAGCCUUGGUCUGAUUGCAGAUCCUGAAGCCUGUCCUUGUAUCUUCUGGUGGGAAAAGCUGCCACUAAGUGGUUGUUGGCUUUCUAUCUUUUUUUUUUUCUUUUUUUUUUUCCCUCCCACCCAAUACAGCCAUCUGCUUCUCUUUUAAAAGAGGAAAUCCUAGUUGCAACUUAAAGGAAAAUACAAAUGUUUCCACUUUUUGGCUUAUUUCUUCCAGUUGUAAGUGGAGGUAAGCAAAAUAAAACUGGAUAACAGCAGUAUUUUCCUUAAGUCAGUAUUAAAAGUGUAUUUUAAACAUUUUUACGUAAAAUUGUUUGAUAGUUGUCUGUAUGAAAAAAAAAUCUUUGUCCCGGCAUACUGAAGUGUAUGUAUUAUGGUGUUGUAAGGUUAAGUCUGGUUGUGUGGUCCUUUUAAAUUUUCUCUUGAGCAGUGAGUGAGGCAUCUUCCUACCUUGUAUCAGUUUUUGAAGACUCUCAAAUGCAUUGAGCUCGUAAUACAACAGAUGCAACGUCACUUCAAAAUUCUGUAAUUAUAUCAACAUAGUCAUGAAACACGCAGCUGCAACACAAUCUGAAGAGCUACCGAUAAAAUAUUAAAAAUCUAACUAUUUAUUUGUGUAUCUUUUCUUGAGUGUGUACUGUACUUCACUUCCAGCACUAAGGCCGGUGGUUGUUUGAAUGUAUACUUUUACUUGCUCUCCUUCUCCUCGCUCUCUUCUUUAAACCAUGCUGUUAUUUUCUAUGAAAAGGGGUGUCGACUGUGGUCCAACUAUUGCUAGCUUCUGUUUUCAAGUAGCCCAUCGCAGCACUUACCGAUUAGGGCUUGGUCAAUAAGUUGUCUUUAGGUGGCACUUUACAACGUAGAGGUUGGUUUAGAUCAAUGUGAAGAUGCUUUGGCAUUUGAGCACACGGUUUGACGGGUGUUUGUUAACAGGUUUGGUGAUUGCAUGUGUGCUUUUCUAUGUCUAAAUGGAAACUGAUGCAUGCAACAAGCUUGCUUCUGGAGUUGUUUCAGUUUUUAUUUUUUAAAUCAAUGGCGAUAGAUUCAAGUAAUUUAUCAUGCAAAUAGUGUUUUGUCAGCUUAAGCCCGUCAACAUUUAGAUUUCGUCUCUGAAGCAUUUGUUUUCCUUCAUGGCUGAGGCAUUGUGUGACACCAUAGCUAAAAAUGUGCCCUCGCCACUUAGAAAUUCAGUUAUUGCCUCUGACCAAUCUUAUCUGUUAAAUGUUUGAGGAUCUCUCUGCUGGUUUGCACUACUGUACACUUUUACAUCCUGUUGGAAAUGUCCUGUGGCCUCUGGCUUCUUCACACCAACAGGAGGAAGAUAGAUGAUUGGAAAUGGCGUCAUUAAAACUGAAGUCAGUGAUCAAGUCUUGCCUACUCUAUGCUAUGACUACCUUCUGUUAGGGUCUGUAGAUACUGCGCGAUACAAGUGUGGAACUGCCUGGCAUGCUUGUAACCGUCUUGUACACUGUAUGCUGGACACUGGUCUGUUUCUGCUACGCAUUUACCCCCUUUUUUCACCUCCUGAAAUAAAAAAUUACACUAUCAGCACUUAA